CGUCCCGACAAGAUGGAUCAAUUAACUCUACAACUCCUUCAAAAUGUACAAAAUUCUAACAAAAUAUCUCGUCUUGAGGUGGAGCAACUGCUGGACCAAGUGCGUGCAGAUAAAAGUGCAACAAAUGCACAGGUUUUACUGAUAAUACAGUGCUGUGGUACCAUUCUUUCCGACGAAUCUAAGGAAACCCGAAUGGCGCUUGUUCAGAACAUACUAGAAUCGUAUGAAGCAUCGAACAUCUCGCUGGAUAUUUCGCAUUAUAAUGCCCUACUGCGUGUGUACUGGGAAAACGAACAUCGGUUUUCCGCAACCGAUUUUCUAGCAGAUUUGGAAUCGAAGGGCCUUCAACCUAAUCGCGUCACAUACCAAAAGUUGUUGCUCUGCAAUUGCUUGAACGGCGAGAUCAAAGCUGCCAACAAAAUAUUUGCUGCCAUGAAGGAGAAAGGGUUCGGUAUCAGUCAGUAUAUUUUGGAUAUGCUCAUCAUAACCAACAGCCAGGCAGAUGAACUCGCAGCAGCCGCAGAUAUGCUGGAAGAGACCAUACGAGCUAACAAAAAGCUAUCAGACCUUGCCUUUUACUCACUGCUUUGUGCCUAUGCUCGGAAAGGUGAUAUUGAAUACAUGUGCCAAACUCUGGAAACUUGUAAGAAGAAUAAUAUUACCAUGAAGGAGGAAGGAUUCAUCAUGAUCUUGCAGUCGCUGGCCGAUAGUGGACAUGGAAAGCACAUCAAGCGCGUGGAGGAACAGAUGCACCAAUACGGUUACGUUUUAGACGAUUUGAGCAGGAUCUUCAGUCUGAUAUCCAUAACGAAGCGAUUCGAAUUGUUUGAUAGAGCCGUAAUAGCCGAGGACGACAACAUUACUGAAUGCGAAGGCUUAGAAAAAUCAUUCAAUGAUAUGAUGUUCGAUGCAGGAUCAUCAACGGAGGAUGGACAGAAAAGGAUGCUGAUCAUACUGAAAAGUUUCAUCAACGAAGGUCUAACGAUCAGCAAAAGGCUCGGGGAAAAAUUAACUGAUCGUUAUGCGGAAAGCAGCGAUAUGAUAUUCAAGAGCUUGCUCGGUAGGUUGAACGAGACCAAAUCUGGAGCGAUGAAUGAACAUGAUGGCACUCAAUAUAAAACCGCUGCGGCUUAUCCGAUCGGUAAUUCGAUCGAACGAUCAAGAGAAGUUGGUAGCGUUACUUCAAAGGCUUGAAGAUGAAAAUUUCGAAAUCCCCCCCGACAUCUACGAAGCAGCGGUGGAAAUGUACGUCACGAGCGGGAAAACAAAAUAUGCAGAAGAGUUGCUUAAAAGCAUCCGAAUCAAGAAUCCCACAUUCACGCUCACUCGUGUGGUGUUGCUGCG